UGGCGCUCGGCCAUCCAGAAACAAACCACUUCGAUGACUCCUAAUAGUUAUCGCCAGAUGUACUAAUACACAACAAAUCACGGUCCGAGAGAGGGGGAGAGCAAAUGAGUUCCUAUUUCGUGAAUCCCACUUUCCCGGGGAGCCUGCCCGGGGGCCAGGACUCCUUCCUCGGCCAGAUCCCCCUGUACCCGGCGGGCUAUGAUGCUCUCAGGCAUUUUCCGGCUUCGUACGGGGCAAGCAGCCUGCAGGACAAGACUUACACCUCACCCUGUUUCUACCAACAGUCCAACACCGUCAUUGCUUGCAAUCGGGCUUCCUAUGAGUACGGAGCCUCUUGUUUUUAUUCGGACAAGGACAUUAGUAGCGCCUCUCCCUCCGGCAGUGGCAAACAGAGAGGGCCCGGGGACUACCUGCACUUUUCUCCCGAUCAACAGUACAAAUCCAGCGGCGGCCAAGCCAAAAUUAUAAAUGACGAAGGUACCGACCGGAAGUACACGAGCCCUGUUUACCCCUGGAUGCAGCGGAUGAACUCCUGCGCUGAUAAAGUCCAGACUGCUGGAGAAACAUGGUUCCUGCAGGGCAAUAUGUAACAUGAAACCUUCCCAGGUUAUUUUAGACCUGGCACGUUGGCACCCUCGGAACGGUGGCUGAGAUCCCAGUUUGUAGGUUCACUGGAGAAAGUUACUGAGGAAUCCUUAGAAGUAGGGGAAAAAAAAAAAAAAAAGAAAUAAAAAGGAGCAGAGCAGUUUUACCACUCU